UUUGUUGACGCCGGAGCAGGAAGAUGGCGGCCCGCUGGAGCAGUGAGAAUGUGGUGGUGGAGUUUCGGGAUGCGCAGGCCACUGCCAUGUCUGUGAACUGUCUGGGCUCACAUGCCGUCCUCUCUGGGAGACGAUUCUUGUACAUGGUGAACCUGGAAGCCCCCUCGGAGGUGCCGAGGAAAAUCGGACGACAGAGCAAGUGGGACGUGGGAACGGUCCAGUGGAACCCUCACAGCUCUGAGGCGCACAUCUUCGCAGCGUCUAGUAACCAGAGAGUUGACCUUUAUUCGUGGAGGGACGGCUGUGGGGAGAUCCACACCUCCCUGCAGGGACACACGCGAGUCAUCAGUGAUCUGGACUGGUCCUUUUUUGAACCUGAGUUUCUGGUGACCAGCUCAGUGGACACCUACAUCUACAUCUGGGACAUCAGAGACACCCGUAAACCCACGGUGGCGCUGUCUGCUGUCGCUGGGGCAUCGCAGGUCAAAUGGAACAGGAAAAACCAGCACUUCAUGGCUUCCAGUCACGAUGGUGAUGUACGGAUCUGGGAUAAAAGAAAGCCCAACACGGCAGUGGAGUAUGUCGCGGCUCAUCUGUCGAAGAUCCACGGCCUGGACUGGCAUCCAGAUAACGAGUUUGUCCUGGCGACGUCCAGCCAAGACAACUCUGUGAGGUUUUGGGAUUACAGACAGCCCAGGAAGUACCUGAACAUUCUGUCCUGCCAGGUGCCUGUGUGGAAAGCCAGGUACACGCCCUUCUCUAAUGGGCUGGUGACCGUCAUGGUGCCACAGCUGAGGCGGGAGAACAGUCUUUUGCUGUGGAGCACACUGGAGCUGAACAGCCCCGUCCACGCCUUUGUGGGACACGACGAUGUGGUGCUGGAGUUCCAGUGGAGACCACAGAAGGAAGGCUCCAAAGAUUAUCAGCUGGUCACCUGGUCCAGAGACCAGACCCUGAGGAUCUGGAGAGUGGAUCCACAGCUGCAGAAGAUGUGUGUCAGUGACAUUGUGGAUGACCUGAUGGAUGGGAUAUCUGUGAACGUGGAAGUGGACAAACCUCAGCCACAGGACCCCAGAACUCAACACAGCACCGGCCUGGCUGUGGACAACCUGCAGGACCACGGCGGCGUUCUUUCAGCUCCGAGCUCCAGUGUUCGGCAGGAUGUGGUGACGGGUUUGGGUCUCCCUCAGACGCUGCAGCAGGAGUUCUCACUGGUCAACGUACAGAUCAGGAAUGUCAACGUGGAGAUGGAUGCAGUGAACCGUAGCUGUGUGGUGUCUGCUCAUUUUGGCAGCCAUCAUGUCCACCUGGUGGUGAAGUUCCCGACCCAGUACCCCAACAACGCUGCACCCACAUUCCAGUUUGUCCCCCCGACAACCAUUGCCUCAGCCAUGAAGAUAAAAAUCCAGAAGAUCCUGAUGGACACGUCUCUUCAGAAGGUGAAGAGGAACCAGAACUGUUUGGAACCAUGUAUCCGUCAGCUGGUGUCCUGCCUGGAGUCAGACAUGACUCAGGAUGAUGGCCCCGCCUCUGGACCUUUCAUCCUGUCCAAUCCUGUCACUCCAUCUUUGCCAAGUUUCCCACGAGUUACCAACACGUACGGGUCUUACCAGGAUGCCAAUAUCCCGUUCCCUCGGACGUCAGGGGCUCGCUUCUGUGGCGCCGGGUGUCUGGUCUACUUUACCCGGCCAAUCACCAUGCACCGCUCCGCCCCAACCACUGACCCCACUCCCAGGUCACUGUCGGCGCUGUCGGCAUACCACAGCAGCGUGCUGACUCCCAUGAAGAUGCGUUCUGAGUCUCAGAGCGCUCUGAGGCUGUACAGUGGCAGUCCGACCCGCUCUGACAAGGACACCGUGUCCAUCUCGUCCUUCUACUACAAAGAGCGGAAGCUCCCGAUCACUUCUCGCCGCUGGUCUGUACAAACCCUCCAUGACUUUCCGAAAUCCCGCCGCUUUAAGACCAAGCGGGAGGGGACGGACUACGGGACCCGUCCCAUCAAACUGGCCGGGAAGGUGAUCAUCCAGGAGAUCUCAUGUCUGCUGCCCAUCCACAAAGCUCUGGGAGAGAAUUACAUACUGAACAUGAAUGACAUUCAGGAAACGUGUCAGAAGAACGCCGCAGCAGCUUUGACCAUUGGACGCAGAGACGUCGCAAAGGUUUGGGCCCUUGCAGCUGCAGCAGCUAGUCAGGACCUGACCCCAGAUUCUGACCCAGAUGCUGAAACUCCCUGGGCCCGACACCCGUUUGGUCGGCAACUGCUCCAGACUCUUUUGAACCAUUACAGUCAGAUAAGUGACGUGCAGACUCUGGCAAUGAUCUGCUGCGUGUUCAGAGCUCAGGCUCCACCCCCAGACUGCUACACGCUGUACGGUGGACACGGACACCAGUCUCCACGCGCUGCCAUUUUCCCCCCACACCACUCACGAUAUCCCAGUUACACGUCCAGCUCCAUCACGUCAGGUUCCUGUUUCAGCACCUCUGACUCCAUCACCACAACAACAUGGAACACAGGUCGAGAUCCUGAACACGCCAUCCCUUGGAGUGAGAACUCUCCUGAGGACUAUCGCUAUGGCAACCAGGUUUACACAGACCCAAGAGAACGAGAGCGAGAGCUGCACGACAUGAACAAGAGGCUGCUGGACCCGGCCAACACGUUGCAGUUUGAGGACUUCAAGAAGUGUUACGGGGAAAUUCUGCACCGCUGGGGCCUGAGAGAGAAACGAGCCGACGUACUCAAGUUCUCCUCCUGCCCACCAGAACCUCACAAAGGCAUCGAGUUCGGUGUGUAUUGCUGUCACUGCCGGAGUCAGGCUCGCGGCACGCAGUGCGCCGUCUGCAAGUGGCUAACCUUCCAGUGCGCCAUCUGCCACGUGGCCGUACGCGGCUCCUCCAACUUCUGCCUCAACUGCGGUCAUGGCGGCCACACUACCCACAUGAUGGACUGGUUCCGCCGUCAGGACGAGUGUCCGGCCGGCUGUGGCUGCCAGUGCCUCCUGCAGAGCACCGUCUGAUCGCCGCAGCGUCUCCAACUCCAGGCUAGCAUACCUUCUGAGGAACAGGUGGCUCUGAGCGGCCUGAUCUGUCAACAAUUCAGAUCCUCAACUCGCAAGCUGAGGUCACCCAAGAGGAGCUUGUGUCUUGGUGAUGUCUCAUGGUCACUCUUCUUCUGUGGACAGCCAACAAAAGGCAUUGUGGGAAAUGUAGGAUGGCUUGGGCCAGUGACGUGUGCAGUUUGGUGCCAAACUGGCCUGAAGGCCGUCGGUUCAGGGUCCGGCCCUCAGGUUAGUCUUAAAGUUGAGUCUUGAAGUGGUUGCUGUAGGAAGCGUGGAACCUCAGUUCUGGGUUCUUAGAAGGCGCCUGAACCUGGAUUCUCAAAUGUCUGUCCCGUCUUAGUACUGAAGAGUGUGACGCUGUCCUGGUGGCUUCCCUCACUACUCAGAGGUUCACGAGAGACUCAGUGACCGAAAGUGAUAAUAAAUGAGGCAAAAUACUUAUGCAGUCUGUUUUCUGUUUUCAUUUUAUUUUGAUCAUUUUGCUUUGACUUUGAGAUGAUGCACGUCUGUAGUUCGUCCUGAAGUAACUGGUAAAAUAAAAACUGACAUCUUGA